GGUUGGAAAAUACAUAGGCCAUAUAAAAAUAUUUUUCCAAUUCUAGACAUAUUUUAGUCUAACCUCGGACACCGUCCACUAUAGUAGGCUAAUGAUUUCUCCAAAUUAAAACUUAAUAGGCUUAAUGGUUCCUUUUCAAUGCGUGGUCGCCAUCUAGCGGACUAACAACUCAUAGCACACAUCUUGUAAAUUUAUCAUCCGUGCUCCAGACUUCAACAUCUGUUAUAAAAAAAUAAAUUAAUAAAAAAUGAGCGGAAGGUCACAAGAUCAACGGAUGGAGGGAAUCUGGCGACCAAGUCACGUUGCAGUCCACAUACCGACUAAAAGCAUGAUUUAAAAAAAAAAAAAAGUUGACUUUUAAAGUGGUCGUGUGUUUUGUUUUGAAUCCUCAUACGCGCCAAAAAAAAAAAAAAAAACGCAUCAUCACGUGCAGCGUCCUCGCCUCGAUAACCAGACCCGCAGCUAGAGAGCAACGAGCCGGUGUUUAUUUUUAGAAGCUACCCUCCUUCAAGCCCAUGUUGCUGCGGUCAAUAAUUCAUAGGUAGCAGGCCUGUGCGCGGCGCAAGAGUCAAGAGAGCAGACUGCGACGGCCACAGGAUGCCAGACUCCCGGGGUGCAGCGAUGCCCCGUAAGAAGCAGCAGAAGGCUCAACAUAACGGGGACCAGCAGACCGCAACCGUCAGGAGGCAGCCCGACUCUAAGAGAGCCCAGAAACAGGUCUCCAUGACCACAGAGUACCGGGAGAGGUUCCUGCAACCCAGCUGCUACUCAACAAUCGUCUCAACUUCAAAAAUCCAACGCCCAUACCAUCAACUGAAGGGCACUAGUGCGGAUACCUCCCAAUAUAGAUCUUUCUACGUCUCCCACAAAUGGAUGAGUCAUUCAUCAGCGGCCCCAUGUCCACCAGCACCAGCCAAAGACUUCAAGAGACGCAGAAGCAACCUGGUCAGCUCUGAGCAAGAGAACCAGACGCCACCCGAGAUUGACUUCACGACUAUAUACAACGAUUGCUUCAAAGCUUGGAAAGUGCCCAAGCGGAAGCCGUUCAAGCUGGAAGACAACUUGACAGUCAAGCAAGGAUUCAGUCCCCACGACGAAAAACAGUCCACGACGGCAAACUCCAACCGGGCCUCACGGAACAAAGAACCAAAACCUUUUGAAAGCAUCACCAGCUACAGAGCGGACUACACGGCCAAGAUCCCGCAAGGCGAGGGCCGCUGUCCAAACCAACGAAGUCGUCCAGCCACUAGCGCAUGUGUCUUCGGAGCGAAGCCGGCUUGGGACGUAAACAGAGAACUUAUAAGUGAAGCCAGUGAAUUCUUAAAGCAAUUCAGUAACUGGACUCUUGAAACUAAGUUCCACGGCCACGUGAGAAGGUCGGGUCCACCAGCAGAUCACAAAAUCCAAUCCCGGCACAGAUGACCCAGGACGUCAAAGCCAACCUCGCCACCCAUGCAAACCAGGGACAAAAGCAAGAAACCCUCGCAGGGAAAGACCCACAGCUUAAAAUGAACAAAACCACCGCGUGUAACUGUACAGAGGCCAAGAAGCCAGGAUGUGCCGGUCCAGCUACAUGGACAGAUGUGUAACUGCUGGCUGUGUGAAGCCAUCCCAGGCCCAACAAACAGUCAGCAGCAACACAGUUUUCUCAGAGAAGCUAAGGCUUCACACGUCCUCGCGUAGCUUCCAACUCUGCAGCAAUAAAAGCACGAAUGGUAAU